UACAGACACAGGAAGUUAAACGACACUGCGAGAUAUUUCAUAUUAAACAGUCAGCAAACGUUUGUUACACCUAACAACUGGUUCAGGGUGAGUCUUAACAACCGAUCACAAUGAUGGCGAGUGAUGUGAUAUCCUAUAUUUGUCUAAUAGGGAUUAUUGCCACAGUUCCAGGUGAUGCAUCGAUGGACGUGCGUCAAUAUCCUAUAGCAACGACAGCAUUGCGAGGUGACAACGUUAAAUUCACCUGCUGGGCUGUCACUGAUCAACAAAGUUCAGACAUUACAGUUUUCUGGUGGAAACGAGGAGAGAGUCAAUACUUGAACACAAAACCUGACAACAGGAAAAUAUUCAAUUCCCAAACAUUCCAGCUCCUAAAUGUGACUUUCCGCGACUCAGGUGUCUAUCUCUGUGCAGUAAUCCAACUGGGGAAAGCAGUAGGAAAUGGAACUGGAUCACGUUUAACUGUACGCGUCCCCCCAACCCCACUGAAGAUAUUCCCCAGAGCUUCUGAAAGAGAUUCAUCAAAGUCUCUGACACUUGUGUGUGAAACGGCUGAGUUUUUUCCGGGAGAUGUAACGCUGACUUGGUAUAAAAAUGGCAAUGAAGUUAAAACUGGGAUAAAUGACACCAAAGAAAAGAAUUCAAAGGGACUUUACAAAGUUUCGAGUUCUAUGGAAGAGACACAGUCUGUACAGAACGGAGUUGUUUAUCUCUGUCUGGUAUCACAUAUCAGCCUUCGGGUUCCAGCGGUUGUCAAGUUCACCGUUUCUAACCCCAGCACAGCACUGGAAGCUAAGGAUCAUUAUAAAUGGAUCGCUGGAGGUACAGCUGGAGGGCUGGUAUUUCUGCUGCUUUUGAUCAUCGUUGGGAAACAAUGCCAAUUAAACAAAAGGAAAGGCUCACGCAGUCACCAGAACAGAUCGGGCUAUUGCGAAGAACAGACAAAGCGCGGAGUAGAGAACGAGCCGGUGGCUUAUGUUGCAUUGAAUUUGAAUAAUUCCAAGAAAACUCCAAGACCUAAAAAACAAGAGGAGAGGACUGUGUACGCCCAGACGCUGCAGGGAGCAAAGAAUGAGCCGGUGACUUAUGCCAAAGUGGAUUUGAAUCAUUGCAAGAAAACUCCCAGAAAUAACAAACAAGACGAGAGAACUGUGUACGCCCAGACCAAGUAAAGGGCAGCCAGGAACAAUCUGACGUGUGAUGAUCUGGAUACACAUUCACCCAAAAAACCAGGAAAACCUAAAAGAUACCUUAAGGAUACAGCGUAUGCAGAGCUCCAUGUGAGAAACCACGGUGGAGCAGCAGAGGCUAUCUGCAGGGAACCAAGUUCCAAGUAAUGCAACAGGGGCAGAAACUGAUAUUGGUGUAUAUUGAAUGUAUUUUUCCAAUUUACCCAAUGAUGUGCCACAUUGG